AAUUAAAAUAAAAAAUUUGUGUAAAAUAAUAAUUGUGUAAAAAAACCAUGUAAAAAGGAGAUCGACUGUAUUGAUUAUAAGCCAAUAUAAUAAAGCUAAAUUCUUGGCCAUAACAUUCAAUUAUAUGUUAAUGUAUGAAUAUAUAUCUUCGAACUUUAAUCAUCUCAUGCAAUUCUGGAGCAGAAGAUUAAAUUGCAGACAUCAAUUAAUACCGUUAGAAAAAUAAAUAUUUACCAAAAAAAUCAUGGUGCUUCAUAUAAAACUGGAACUACUUGUUGUCUUAAAUGUAACAUAUGUACAUAGGGAGCUCACAGUUAAUUACCAUUGCACGGCAAAGACGAAAACAAAAUUAGCAUAUUAAAGCUACCCGCCAGCGGUAAAUACAACAGUUGCAACUGAGCAGCGUUGAAGUAACUUUGGAGCAAUUCUUCACCAGCGAACAAGCAGCAUGCUGCAACACAUAUUUGGGUUGCUAGCAAAGCUGCUAAUUUGUUGCAACCUCAUUACAGAUGCGACAGGCAUAACGAAUGCAGCAACCAAUGCAACAACAGCUGCGUUCACUAGCAUGUUAACAACCACAAGUCAGCACAUCAACAUGCCACAUAACUGGCUACGACGACAGCGGCGGUAUUUGCUGUUUGAGAAGGGCACGACAUUGGGGGUCCAAAUAUCCUGUGCGAAAGCUAUAAUACCAGAGCGCCCACGAGGUCUGUAUAAUAUAUAUGAACUGACCCUUAACUAUGCAUUGCCCAUAUCGGUGGAUGAUCUAUGGCCCAAACCAAGGAAAUCACAUCCGACGACGAUGAUGAAGACCAAGGCGAAGCAAGUGGCAAUGACAAAGCACCAUGCACCAACAAAUGUAGGAGCAGGGCAUACGCAAAAAUUAAUAAAAUUUGGCGGAAGUGAGAGCAAUUACAACAACAAUACUACCCAGGAAAUUUGGCUAUCACCGUGGUAUGCAACUGCAACCGAUUGGCCUGCAGCGGAAAAAACUAUGCCAACUUGGUGGCAAGUGCCAGCGCGGCGACGUCAAUGGUUCAGCAACGCUCGCAAACAGCAACAACAACAACAAUACCGAAAACAAUACAGUGUUCGACAGCAACAGGGAUUCUCUACACCGUUGCAACAAGCGAAAUCAUUUACCUUCACACCACGUCAAUUGUCAAACAAAUUUUCAAAACUACCAGUGGCUGCCCAUUUGUCACCGCAACUCCUUGCCAUGUGUCCAAGACAAGAUGUCUACGGCGGUUGGCAAAACAAUGUGCCGCGCUUGUGUGCGGCAGCUGCGAAAACGUUUAGGGGUGGUCGAAAGGGUGUUGGUGUUGUUGAAAACGUUGAAAACAAUGAUGAUGCUGGCCAUCAAAGUGUUAAACGUGAUGCUGAUUUUCAUUUUGCCACAAAUGCUGAACGUAUUUUCUUUGAUUUGCUGGCGCAAUGGGCACACAUAGAAUGCCUCAUAUUCAUUUUAACGAAAACCGCCUAUAUAUAUCUUAAAUAACGAACAUCGGGGAUUUGUACGUACUCGGUUUAACGAACAACAUGAAGAAGACAUAUGAAAAAAGAGGACAAAAUCAAAUGGCAUCGAACCAGAAUUAAAAAUAUAACUUGAAAAAAUUCAAAAGAAAUGUGCAAAUUGAAAAAAUUCUGAAUUUUAUGAAAAAUCUUAAAUUUAUGGAUCAGCACCAAAUAGAAGUAUAAGUGUCAGAAUUGGUUCAUUUUGGAAGAAUUUAUUGGAUUCGAAUUGUUUUGUUAUGGUUUUUAAUUUUUUAACAAAUCAUUAAUAAAACAAUUUAUUAAACUGCAAUUUACGGAUAUUUAACUCAUUUAUAUUGAAAAACUUACUUACUAAGUGAGUACUCGAAUUAACGAAAAAUUCGAUAAUUAAUUUAAAAUUGAUUCAGUUAGAACCAAGCCACGAUCCAUUUCCUUACCUUUUAUUCAUAUUUUUAUUUUGUUUAAAUUUAUUUGCAUCAGCUGAUGGAUACCAAUUCACAGAAUAAUACAUUUGUACUUAUGAUUGUACAUGGUUAAUUGUAAUACACAUUGUAAAACAGAAACCAUAUAUAUAUAUUUAUACAGCCCUAUUCUGUGCACUUUACAAAUUCAACAAAUUUCUAAUUUGUAAAAAAAUUAAAUUUAUCAAGCAUUUCGUAUUCUGUGUCUAAAAUAAAAAGCUUUUUUCUUGAUAAGUUGUUAAGAAGUAAAAUGCUCUUGGCAAAUAAAAUAUCACGUUGUGGAUAGUUGUGAAAAUGAAUUUUUGUGAAGGAGAUCUUUUACUUUUGUCGUUAUUUUUAUACAAAGAGGAAAAAUAUGAGUAUGUUGAUGGCUCGCGUUAUUGAGCCGUUUUUAUAUUAAGAAGUUUAUUUUUCCUUUUAAUGAGGGUAACUUUGACGAAAUUGUUUUCUAUAUGUACAUACAUAUAUUGCAUUCGAUUAGUUUUGCCAAUAAUGAACUAAGUUUAGAUUUCGUAGUCCCCAAGGAACUUUUCGGAAGCUAAACCAACUAAAUCAAAAUUAUAUUCCAAAUAUUUUUAAAUCUAUUACAAAGGACCUAUGUAUGUAUUAUAUUAUAUAAUAUUACUAGUGACCGGACCACGCAUUGCUGUGGAUAAGGAAUAUUUGAUAAAUUGAAAUUAUUUAACUACUUUCCAUUUUCUCCGUCAGCUUUAGUGGUUUACGAUAAAUAUACCAAAACUCUCUCUUGGGUUUUUUCGUACCUAUUUCAUGUGUUCCGAACUUUAUAACUCAAAUUGUAGCUUUGUUAUAUUCCUUUUUUGUUUAACUAUAAUUAUUUAGUCGUUGCAGAAGUCCGAUUUUGGCCAUCAAGAGUUCCAACCUUCUCAUAGUAACACAAUGCUUAAGUUUGAGCUAAGUUAUAUUAGGAUAUCCAGAUCAAAUUAUCGCUUGACCAAAUGACCGACCGGAUAGACGGAUGUUGAGCAGUGACCACGUCCAUUUACGUAACAAUGUGUAAAUCCUAUUGUCCUUCGGUAUUGUGAAUAUCUGUUGCAAAAGUCUUAAUUAAUUUUUUUUUUUAUUUUUUGCAUUUGUCCGAUUUUGCCUAUCUACAAUACAAUCUCAUAUUGCUAACUGAAACGUAUACGAACGAUUUCAUUUCAAUUCAAAUUAUCGCUUGACCGAAUGGCCGAAUGGACAGACGGAUGGACAUUGCGACUAAAAUUUUCAAUAUAAAUUAUCCUACAACAUGUAAUUUUUAUAUACAUAUGGAUAUAGAUAUUGCUCCGCGGAGGAGCAAAAGACUCCGGGGGAUGUGGGAUCGAAAAGCGAAUAUAUAGCCCCUGCCAUCCGAUUAUCAACCUCAUCUACGCGGCACCCUCUGUAUGGUUAGCAAACGAGGUUCUGGCGACCGAGUAAAGGCCGUAUAACCUUCUCAUCGGUAUAAAAACCGGAUCGAUAAACUGAUAACAGGUCAAUCAAAAUAAAUAAAAAAUUAAAAAUAAGUCCAGAUUCGUAGCAUGGAAUAUUUGCGCAUUCUCAGAAUCUUCACAUCUAGCCAAAGAGCAAAGGACUUACUGUAAAAUUAAUGUUAAAUUAUUAACUAUUUUAUAACAAACAUUAUAAUGCAUUUGAAAACUUACGUAAUAAAAUAAUUCAAUUCAAUUUUCAAUUCAAUUCGAAUAUAAUUGGACAGAAAUCAGCUGUUUCUGUUUACAUUAUUUUUUCCCACACGUGUGGUGGAAAGCUAUGCGUACUUACUUGAUAAAAAUCUGAAAAAAAUUUCAAUUGUUUUGUUAUUUUGUCAAGUGCACAGAAUAGGGUUGAUAAUAUGCCUGUCUAUGACGUUAAAAAUAAUAUAAGUUGAAACCAAUUAUGAUAGUGUACAAGAUUACGACGCACUGCCGUCACUAUCGUCAGAAUGAGAAUAGGCAACAUGAAGAAAUGUCAAAUGGAAAACGGAUAUGUAAAACAUAUUGAACCAAUUUGAAUAAUGUGCAAACAAAAUAUCGUAUUUAUAAAAUUAUCCAAUAUA